UGGGUGGCUACAGAUCCUUCAUAGCAUAAGAAUGAAUCAUCCCUUCCAUUGUGUGUGCUGUGGAGUAUAAAAUCUGUGCUUUAAAGCAGUAGACGAUUUACUCCAAAAAACCAUCUGCUUUACUUCUCUUGGAACCCACCAACCAACCAAGACAUGUCUAAGCUGGAGAAAGCCAUUGUGGCCAUAGUGGAGGUUUUUGAGGAAUGUGCAGGGACAGAUGAGCAGAAAACCCAACUCAGUAUUGCUGAACUUGGACAGCUAAUCAAAGCCCAAAUUACCAGUCCCGAAUUUAAGGAUAAAGUGGAUCCAGACAAUAUUAAGGAGGUCAUGGAAGAACUGGAUAAGAACCAUGAUGGUGAAGUGAACUUCCGUGAAUACAGCCAGUGUAUUGCUGGCCUAGCCAGGGCCUACUACACAAAGAAGCAUGGUAAGGACAAGUGCAGAGGAAGGGGCAGGGGUUGUCAGGAUAAAUGAACACAUAUCCUUACUCUCCUGAUGCACUAGACACUCGCCUUCGACAAGGUCACAAAGGAUCUCUCUAUAAUGUGUAAUAAUGUUGCAAACAAUUUUAUAUGCUGUAAGACAAAAACAAAAAACGGUUUAAAUUGGUGGAUAAUCUUUUGUAAUGCCAUUUGCUAAUGUUGUAGAAAACAUUUCUCAACAGACAGUGUUGUGAAAAAUGGUUGUCCUGUCUAUAAUGAACAAAAAAUGAAAAGUGCAAUCAAUGUUUCUGAACACCAAUAAAACUUUUUAUGAUCUCAUGUUAUUUCACAUAAUUUUGUACAUGUUAAAACAAUAUAUAUGUACAUCAAUAAUUGGAUGCAAUGUUUUAAAAAAACCUAUGUAACACAUACAUUUAUUUAAAUUAUUGCAUGUCAGGCUUUAAUAUUAUAUGGAUUUUUGGAGAUCAUGAUAUCACGCCAUGAUGUGCUUUUUUAUCACACAAUAAAUAAUUACAAUUCUUA